ACAAGGUAUGUAGUAAUGUUAGAUGAAAUAUUGAAGGAAUACCCUAAACUCGCCAUUGAAGGCUUCUAUUACUUCCCUACUGUAAAGCAGCAUUUGGAUAUUUGUAAUAAUGCUGUGACACAAAUGGCUAUUGAAGCCUCACAAAUUUGCAUCAACAACUGGGGGAGGGCUAUGUCAGACAUAACUCACUUAGUCUAUGUCUCCUCAAGCGAAGUUAGGCUAUCAGGUGGUGAUCUAUAUCUUGCAAGAGCUCUUGGACUCAACCCUGGAACGCAGCGUGUCUUGCUCUACUUCAUGGGUUGCUCUGGAGGUGUAGCUGGUCUUCAUGUCGCCAAGGAUAUUGCUGAAAACAAUCUCAGGAGUCGAGUUUUGUUAGCCACUUCUAAAACUACUAUUAUUGGAUUCAAACCUCUAAGUGCAGAAAGACCAUAUGAUCUUGUCGGAGUUGCACUCUUUGGGGAUGGGGAUGGAACUGGAGCUGGAGCCAUGAUAAUAGGCACAGACCCAGUUUCAGACAUUGAACAUCCUCUCUUUGAACUACACACAGCAGUCCAGAGUUUCUUGCCUGAAACAGACAAGAUAAUUGACGGCAAGCUCAUAGAAGAGGGGAUCAGCUUCAAGCUAUCAAGAGAGCUUCCUCAUGUAAUUGAAGACAACGUUGAGGAUUUCUAUCGUAAAUUAAUGGGAAUUGCUGGAGUAACUGAAAAGGAGUACAAUGAGUUGUUUUGGGCUGUUCAUCCAGGAGAACCUGCAAUAUUGAAUAGGAUCGAAAAGCGACUUGAUUUGGUUCCAGAGAAAUUGAAUGCUAGUAGACAAGCUCUGAUGGACUAUGGCAAUGCUAGUAGUAAUACGAUUGUGUUUGUGCUUGAGUACAUGAUAGAAGAAGAGAGUUUGAAGAUGAAGAAGAAUAAUGAGAGUUGCGAAUGGGGAUUGAUACUUGCUUUUGGACCUGAAAUUACCUUAGAGGGAAUUCUUGUCAGGAAUCUCACCGUCUAAAUAUACGUUGUCAUGUCUAAAUUCUCAUGUAAUAACUUUGGCUCUCUCUAGAUGUCCUACCAGAGAAUGCCGGCACUUGAUUUCCUCAACAUAAUGCCUUCUAUAUAACUUGAUAAUACAUUUUGCUUUCUCCCUCAGACACAAACAC